AUGAAGCUUUUAAGUUUCUUUAUCAUAAUUAAGGUCACAUUCGUUGCAGAUUGUGCCAAUAUUUUGUAUUUAUCGAAUGUAGCUUCGCCAAGUCAUUUUAUUUGGUGUAAAUCAAUUUUAAAUGCAUUGCAUGAAAAUGGACAUAAUGUCACUGCAUUAAGUGGAGAUGUUGAGAAGUCGAAACCAAACUUGACUUAUCUUCACCUUGACAAAAUGUAUUCAGAGAUUUAUAAUGGAACUAUGGAUAUUGAUUUUUUUGAAUAUGGAAAACUAUCGCCAACAGGGUUAUUCAAACUUUACGCUGAAAUCAGUGAAAAAUCUUGCGUAGGCGCAACAAAAUCUAAAGGUUACAAGGAAUUACUCAAUUAUCCUUCAAAUUUUAAAUUCGAUGCAGUUAUAAUUGAUUUUACAAUGGGACCCUGCAUGUAUAGCUUCGUCGAUAAAUUUAAAUAUCCACCACUAAUUAGUGUUAGUCCAUAUUUUGAUCUUGCUCGUUUAGCAAGAACAUCAAGUGGCUUGAUAUAUCCGGCUUUCGUUCCUGGCCAUGAUUUAUUGAUGACACAAAGAAUGAACUUUAUUCAACGAUUGGAAUCAUCAAUUACGCAUGCGAUUGGUAUUAUUGCUUUUAAAUAUUACAUAGUACCCACAAAUGAUAAGAUAGCCAGAAAAUAUCAACCAGAGAUUCCAUAUUUGGAAGAUAUCGAAAGAAGAACUGGGUUUUAUCUAAUCAACAAUAGCCCUUUGGUGGAUUAUAAGGAACCAAUUUAUUCUAAUGUUAAACUUGUUGGCGGUGUGCAAAUUAAAGAAUCAAAACCAUUGCCUUAUGAGUUGAAAGCAAUUGCUGACAAUGCAACAAAUGGUCUUAUACUUUUUUCUUUAGGCACCAACGUUCGAAGUGAUAAACUUGGGUCAGAAAGAAUUUCCAAGAUUCUAAGAGUAUUUAAAAGACACUCUAAAUUUACAUUUUUGUGGAAAUUCGAGACAUCAGAACUUUUAAAAAAUAUUCCACAAAAUGUUAAGAUUCAACCAUGGAUGCCACAAAAUGAUAUUUUAGCUCAUCCAAAUACAAAAUUAUUUAUGGCACAUUGUGGUCUGCUCGGAGUUCAGGAAGCAGUAUGGCAUGGUGUUCCAAUCCUCGGUUUUCCAGUUUUUGGAGAUCAGCAUCAAAACUGUUUUCGAUUGAAAGAUCUUGGUGUCAGUGAAAAAUUGUCUAUCCUUGAUUUUACUGAAGAAGAACUUUACAAUGCGAUAAAAAAUAUGAUUCAAAACCCAAAAUAUAUGAAAAAGAUAAAAUCAAUUUCAUCAGCCACACGAGAUCGACAACAGACUCCACUUGAAGAAGCAGUUUAUUGGAUAGAAUGGUACAUUCGUCAUCCCGAAGUUGAUCUACAAGGUCCAGGAUUAGAAAUGAACAUUUUCGUACGGCAUUCCUUCGACGUAUUUGCAUUUGUUUUUAUUAUUGCAUUCAUCAUAUUUUAUUGGAAAAUUAAACUUUUUUGGGCCUUCAUAAAAUAUUUUUGUCUUUCAAAAAAAUCUGUCGAUGAAAAGCAGAAAAAAAAUUAG